AUGGCUCCUAGCAAAGAGAUUGCCGGUCCGUCGCAGGAAGCGCUGUUGAAACUCGAGAAAAGUACAGAGGACAGCGACAGACAACUCGCCGCAGCAGCACAAAUCUUGAAACUAGACCUCUCUGACACUAGCUCUCCGCUACCGAGUUCGAAUACAAUCGAGUUGAUCACCCGACCGGCUCCAAAGGAAGAAUGGGUGUUGAGAUGGCUACUUAAAAGACUAAAGACUACAACAUACCGAGUACAUCCUCGUUCAUACAUUCUUUUACAACAGCUUUUGCAACGAAUUUCCCGAAGGGCAAUCGCCUCAACUUUUGUGGAGUACAAAUUUGCGCAGAUAUUGAAGAACAUCGUGGACGAUUUGAAUAAUGCGGUCUUCAAGUCGCUCUCAGAUGGCGCAAACCGAAUAUCUUCCGACUCAGAGACCAGUGAGACUGUCCAAGGAUCCCCGGUUCGGUCGAAGAAACGAAAGAGAGGAAAUGACAGUGCCGAUGCGGACAACGACAUUGUUAUGUACGAUGCGGGCAACCGAGAGUCACAAUCGGAACGGGCAAUUCUUGCUUAUGGUCGAUUUUCGGACGCUUUUUAUGUUCUCAUGAACCUAGUCAAUACCCAGAGUGAUCGAGGAGAUGUGUCACAGUUUCAUCUACAGCAAUCACUCCGACUGGAUCCUGCAAUCGCUGCCGAGAUACUGGGCAAAUUAAUCAGACUGUUUGCUGGCCUAAUCGUUGAAUAUGCAAAGGAGAAGAAAAGCGAUCAGCUGCAACACUUAUCGAAGACUGCUACCGUAUAUUUUAGUCUGUGGGAUCUUAAAAAAGUGGGUAUCAAUGGUAUCGACAAGAGUUCCAUAAAUACUGCAUUCUCGGAAUCUUGUUUCCUGGAAGUGCUGAGGCUACAUCGUCUUGUAGUCUCGUCUGGUGCAGAAAGUGACGAUGCUCGUUUCAUAACACGUUCUAUCGAGAAACUCAUUGCGCUUCAUGUUAUCCUCCCCGCGCGAAGUCUGUUCAUGGAACGAGGCGGAUCAGGUAUAGAUUAUUCAAAAGCUGAAGAUCCUGACUGGAGCGCCGUACAGCCAGUCACCGCAACCUUCAAACCGCUCUUUGAAGACCGCGCACCAAUAGAUAUAAAAUGCAACGGAACAGAUAUCGGCUCUGUUGACGAAAACUCAUGUAGCUUCCCUGCAACCUGGAAGCCAGCAGAACUUAUUCCGACUUUCUACGAUAUCGUUGCGAGGUCUGUACCAAGAGAUUCAUUCCGCCGUCAGAAUGCCGAGGCGUCAUGGCUCGAGACUGUCUUCGUGGCUCUAGCAGAGCUGGCUUACUCCAGUACGCAGCAGCUCGGCGGUAAUACUCUUGGAUUCAUAUCACUAUUAGAACAAUUAUUCAUCGUUGUCCGUGCUCGAAAAAUAAGCCUGUCUCCGAACACCUUCCUCACCCAUGCUUCCUACACAGGACUUUUGAAAGGAAAAGAAGAUCCCCAACAAGUUCGGUGGAGUUUGACAAUUCUGUUGAUGGAGCUUGAGAGCGAUAUUUUUCUACCAAACUCUGGAUUCAAAGAUUCAAGUCGUCUUCUAGAUGCCCUGUUUUUAUCUCUGCAUCAUAUCCGGGGGAACAUGAGCGAUCAAAAGACUUAUCAGCUUGUCAAAGAGAAGGUAGUAAUACCUUUGAUUCGAGCAUUUGCCGGUGCCAGAGAUCUCCCAACGUUUGCCGGGUUCUGGUAUGAGCAGUUGCGUGAGAUAGAAGUUGCACGCAACGACUUGGCGUACUCGGUGUGGGAGGACGAUGAUGUUCUCCUUGUUUAUCAAGAGGCAUUGAGGGGCUCUAUAAGCGAUACAUUCUUGAAAACGCAGAUUGAGACAGCCAUUUCUACUGUGACAAAAUCGGGACAUAUUUCAAAAGCGCCAGACUCAUACGCCUAUUUCGUCAUCCUGGAAGCAGGCACUCGUAUAUGGGGACAGAGUGGACUGCCAGGUUUACGCAUUGACCUGGUGACUGGUUUGAUGGAAUCACUGCACAAAACAUUGUCGAAACGCAAAGGAGACAGGCACUGGCUUUGGCGUUUGUGGAGGGUGGCUCGGAACUUGAUGCCGAUAGGCCUCAAGAGUACAUUCAACACCCCGAACGAGCUUGCAGACAAGUUCAAACGCGAAGCCUUGGUUGUAGCAAAUUUUUCAACUGGACCAACAAAGCUCAGAUCUGGCUGGAAUGGUCAUCAAGAGAGCUUCGAAGCCUGUCAAUUUUUGGUGUCGCUGAGCAAAGAAUUAUACCAUGGCAAUUCACCUGAACGAAGAGAGAUCCUACACGUUAUCAUCAAUUGCCUAACAGGAUCAUCAAGCUCUAUCUUUGAGGCUAAACUGGAAGGAUGGAACGGACGUUAUAAGGAUAUUAAUGGACUAGCUCAGCAGGCGACUGCUGUCAUUGAGUGCCUAUUAGAGCAUCCAGAUCUUCUAUCUGAGCUGGUAUUUGAAGACUUGAAAUGCUUUGUCAAGUUUUUCUGGGAUCUUGCCUCAUCUUCCGGCCAAGACUGGAAGCAUCAGAUCCCUGAGAUCACCGAGUAUACUCCAUCAUUGGCCUCGGGAGUUGCACGCUCCCUUUGUGAGUUGUUUAUGGAAAUGGUAGAGAGUGAACAAACACAGCCGGUGAUUGUUCGGUAUCUACCGGGCAUUGUUCAGGACUUACCGGGUAUUCCAGUUCGUCAUCAGGAGGUGCCUAAAUUCAAAGACACGAUUGAAGCUCUACUGUCGAAAGUGGAUUAUCCUGUUGAUUUCGUCCCUCACAUGGUGUCUUUGAUAAAUGGGUGGUGUCAAGAGUCGAGACAGGUUGGGUCAGAGAUACUAGAAUGGAUUACAUCGGACAUCUCUUUGCAAGACUCGCCUAUGGAUAUGCGCACAAUCGAGUCGUUUCGAUCCUUGAUCCGCACGGCGUUUGAGUGCGAAUACAAAGCUUGCAAGUCACCAGCAGAAACUGGAAAAUUUCUAAAACGCUUUUAUAAACUCACGACAUCCCGAGUUGAAUCAUCCACAAAGCAGUUGGAAUCGAGUGUCAAGAAUAAGGAUCAACCAUCAACUCUUGCGCCUAUCUUCGUUGGGGCGUCCCUGCGGUUGCUGUGGGAAAAGCGGGAAGAAAUGUCGAAAACAAUGGACGACAUAGCUCGUCAGCGCGAGAAAAUUUUUGGUCUGUUGCUGAGUCGUCUUGAUAAAUGUACCAAGACUCUACGACGGAAAUCGCACCCUGAAGCGGCUAUUAUACUUGCCACGACGCAUCAGAUGAUGGAAGACUUUGACGAUCUCGCAGCUCAGAAGACAGAACUUGACAAAGCCUCGACGGAUUUAGGAGAGAAUGAUCCGGUAUUGAUUAACGGCAUUAAAUACAUAACCCAACGGCGGAAAGUUGCUCGAGCAGCUACAAGUGAUAGCUUGGGCUUCAACGAAUCGACUUUACUACAAGGUAUUGAUCUAUGUCGAAUGCAAGCCUGUGAACAGACAUAUUUGGUGCGAGAAUUUACGACGAAGUUGAAAGAUAUGAGUAAUGCAGACCGCAUCAAAGCUAUUGGCGAAUUCAAGACAGCUGGAUUCGAAUGUUCAGAAGGGGCUAGCCGACUGCUACUCAGUGGAUUGGCUGCUUCAGCUCUCAACGAAAUCACAGAAAAAGACAGUGCUGAAGCACGAGGAGUAUCGUCACUAUGCACUGCCGUUACGCACGUCCUACAGCAUAGUAUCGAUGAUAUUGAGAGGUUUUCACUUGCAGCGGAGAACGUGGAUAUCAUUCUGCGCUUGCACUCGCGAGGAGUGACACAGUAUAACAUCGACAGCUGUCUUGCGGCAGUCACUGCGACGAUGUCAAAGAUACAUUCCCUGCGUGAGACAAACCAUAUAUCGACCAAGUCUCAGCUCGGCGGCCGGUUCCACCUCUUAAUCCCGGCACUGCAAAGUCUUCUCAAAGCGCUGUUUGCUCCGAGCCAAAAGCGCUAUCAAAAAGGUGGAGCUGCUCUCGGGAUCUCUCAUACCGUUCAAUUCACUCGCCUUCUUACAUCCCUCUGCGAUCCUACCGUAUCCGCAGUAUCCCGACCAAGCCGCCCUACCGGCAACAGUAACAACAGCUUAAUCGACCAGACCAAAAAGGCCAAAGUGAUUGCGGGCCAACACCUCCGAAUCCUGAUUGAGAGCUACGCACAGAAUAUGUUGGAAGCGCCACUACAGCCCGAGAUCAAGACAGCAUUAGCACCGGGACUGUACGCGAUACUCGACGCAAUGCCGGCAGAGAGCAAACGGGGAUUGAAUGCGGGGAUGGAUAUUUCGUCUCGGGCGAUUUUCAAGACUUUGCAUGAUGAUUAUGUCAGGUUUGGAAAGUGGAACAGCAAAGGAUGA